GAGAGGGAGAAGGGAAAUGAGCAGAUCGCUGCCCUCCUGCAGCCCUGCGGCAGCCUCGCAGCGAAGGACGGAGAGAGGCGCCUCCGCACAGGCUUCCCAGCGCUCUUCUCUCUCCCCACCAGGCGCCCGGGCCGGAGACAACGGGGGGCGCAGGACCCGCUCCCCCUUCCUCCUCUGGGGGGAACAACCGGAGCUGCGCCUCGCUCCUUCUCGGCCAGCAGCCGGGGCGGAGGAAGAAGCGGGCUGGUCCCCGCCUGGCCCAGCCCGCCGGAUCACCUGGACGGCCGGGGAGGGGCCGGCCGGCUGGGGCGCACCCGGAGAGGCGCGGCGGGCGAUGGAGACGAGCGGUGCGAGAAGACGCUCCGGGGCGCGCCGCUAGGAGCCCCGUCCGGGAGAAGCUGGAAUCAAGAUGACCACAGCUGCCCCAACGUCCGAUUAUUCCCUGCCUUGGAGGAAUGUGACCACAAAGUCUCGAGAGCAAAUCCUUUAUCAGAGUUCUGGAGCAAUAGUAGCAGCUAUUGUUGUGGGCGUUGUAGUAAUAUUUACAACAGUUCUGCUCAUCCUUAAAAUGUAUAACAGGCACAUGAGGACCAAACGAGAGCUGGAGCCAAAGAACGUGAAGACGGCCAUUCCCUCAGUUUUAGGACAGGACAGUAGCACCUCUGCCAGGAACAGUGCAGUGACAUUUGUCCCUGUAGACAUUCACCUGCCAAAGAGAAGACUUUGAAGAGGCAAGACGUGGAGGAAUAACCAGCAAGAAGUGAAUUCUGCAGACCGUUGAGGAAUGGGUGGCUCCUAUGGUCCGUGUUUUUUUCCUCGUAGGAGGCAAAAGAUGACCUCCAGGGACAACAACUUGUAUAAACUUCCCAACUACUUGUUGAAAGGGAUGGUGAGAAGCACAGCCACUAUAAUUCUCAAAACCAAUGAUUUCCUUCAUAUUUCCUUGCUCUGUUAAUUUAGGCUCCACUCCCAUUGUCCUGUAAGUGAAAGUGAUCUGGAUGGAGGCUCUGAAAACAUCAGAGAGCUUACUCUUCAUCUUGGUUUUUAGCAGAUAAUAUAGGAUCAAUGUUCUUAUCACCAGUUGCCAAACCCCUUCCUCCAUGGUCAACUUUCCAUUAGGAGUUCCUUGUUUGUUGGCAGGCCAGUAUUUUUCAACAUUGGUUCUUUUAAGAUGUGCUGGCUGGGGAAUUCUGGGGGUUGAAGUCCACACAUCAUAAACUUGCUCAAGUGGAGAAACGCUGGUUUUGCAAGGCAAGCAAAGAACUUGAUUUCAACAAUCAUGUUUUGUGAGGCUGAUUUUAGCCAAUCUCAAAUUUUCUUGAGAAUGGAGGGUAUCUUCUCCAUGGCCAAUCUUCACCUAACUGACAAGUGAGUUGAUAACAUUCAGUGGAGCAAAGCUCGAAUUUUGGGGCUGCAUUUGUCAGGGCAGAAGAUAGAUGGAGACCUCUAGGUCAGUGUUUCCCAAACUUGACAAUUUUAAGGCAUGAGGGCUUCAACUCCCAGAAUUCCACAGCCAGCAACGCUGGCUGUGGAAUUCUGGGAGCUGAAGUGCACAUGCCUUAAAAUUGUCAAGUUUGGGAAACACUGUUCUAGGUGAAGAUGCUAGAUAUUUGUAUAUACAAAGCUGUGAGGUGUUGUUUUGCUCUCCUUUUCAUAUAGGAACAUGUGUGUUUUUAAUGGCUUCCCUAAAUGCUACAGGAAAAAGAAAAUCAACAGAUGGAUUGUACUGAAUGUACAGUAUAAAGUGGUUAUGGCUUAUCCUGGUAAAA